CUAUGAUUUCUGUGCAACGACCUUAUAGUUUUCAGGCAACAAACAAUUUGACCCACGAUCGAGCAUAGCUCUGUAUCCGCUCUUCUCGAAAUUUCCGUUUAACGUGCAAAAAGUCAU